AUGGCUCGCAAGUCAUCCUCCACGUGUUGGACCUCUGUGUUCACCACUGAAAAGUUAAAUCAAGACAAAUAUGAGAUCAAAACGCGACAAGAAAGUGGUAGUGAUGAUAGUCAGACGAUCAGAAUUACUCUCCCUGAUCUACUCGAUGCUAUACAGGUGAAAUUCGAUUGUGAUGAGACGACUUCCGCAACCUAUCACGUCCAGAAUACUCAUCGGUUUCGUGUUGUCAGUUACAAUCUGCUAGCGGAUGUGUAUGCGAGCACUGCUAUCGCGCGUACCCAUAUCUUUCGACAGUGUCCGAUCGAAUGCUUGAACAUACGGUAUCGCUUACCGCUCAUUCUUCGAGAACUGCUCCUGUACAAAGCGGAUAUUCUGUGUUUGCAAGAAGUCGACGUUUGGGUGUUUGAACACUAUUUGAAACCACUGUUGACCCGUUUAUCAGACAUGGAUGGCAUGUAUUUAGGUAAACGCCUCAUGGUAAAGGAACCGGGUCCACCCCCGAGGAUUGUGGCCGAUUUAACCAAAGAAAAGGAUAGGCAGCGGGGUGAGAAAGGUGCACUUACGUUCCUUUCAUUGCUCUCACUCGUUCGUCAUGCCACUGAUGUAAUUGUGUUUAAAACAUUCCGUCGUAUGGGUUUCCAAGGUUGUUUAGUACUCACCGGCUCUGAGGCACUCGAAGCCGCCGAGCAUGUGCUGAUCCGAAUUCGAGCGAUCUAA